AUGGCUUCCUCAACCUUUUCCGACAUGCUAAAAUCUCCCUACCACCCCGAUCACAUUUUCGGUGACGAAGAUACAUGGUACGAUGCUCCCGCCGACUUACCACAAGAAGAAAUCGAAGAAUAUUUUGAUGCUCUCGAGAACCAUAAUUGUGGUAUCGGUUUGGCUACCAAUAGAUUUGUCAACGAUCCAGAAUGGAAUUAUUGGCCUGUACUACCUACAGCCCUUCUUAACGACGACAUCAUCAUCUUUGUUACAGACGAAAAUCUCCGUCAUGAUGCUCCGGAAUACAUUCAACUUCAGGCUAUUCGCGCAAAACUUUCGAAGUUACAUGAGGAUCAUGAACGCGAUAUCCAGUUAGAAGACCACAUUAUUAGUAUGACGCUCAAAAAGCUUUGGGCUAUCACAGAAGCCUUAUACGAGCCAGAAAAUAUUUAUACUGGUUCUGAUUACAAGAGAAAGAAAGAUUUGGUACUGGAGAGAAUUAAUGAAUGUUCUCGGGCAAAGGAACGUCUUGAAACCGAAUACACCGACACCUUCUCAAAGCUUGCGAAGGAAGCGCGAGCAAUCUCACAGGAAUGGCAGAAGGAUCGCAGGGAACUCGAAGCAGAAUUGGCCGAACAACAGAUGCGGGCGAACAACUCAGAGACACAAAAUCGUCUCCAAAAUUUACUGGGAGAGAAGGCGGAACUGGAAGGCAGAUUGGUUUAUCUUCAGGCCGACAAUGAGUUACUUGAGACCCGCAUGGAUCACUUUCAAGAAGCUUAUAAGCAUCUUCGAAGAGUGAGAGAGGGUGUAUUGGGAGAACAAAAUCAGACCAUGAAUCGUGCGAUCAAACAACGAAACGAUGAAAGAAUUCGAGUUCGAAAUCUUCAAGCCCAUCUCAGGGCUCACCGUGAAGCGAUUAUCCUCGAAAGACGUCAACGGAAUAUUGCGAGAGAGAACUGCAGUGCUUUGCUGAGUAAUCUGGGUAGGGAAAGAGAAGAAAUGACAUUGGUGAAAAGAGAUCUAGUUGAGGCGAGAGCUCGGGCAGAUUAUUUGAAUCAUGGAGUUGAUCUGCUCAAAAUGAGGUUGAGUGAUCAAAUAAACUGGAGUGAUGUGCUGGAGAUGCAUGCAAGACAAGGAGAGGUAUUCAACAGGAUGGAUGGAGCAUGGGAGCCUUCAGUUUUUAAGCGUAGACUCGAAGAGUAUGAGGAUCGUGAGAUGGAAGAGAGAGCAGCGAAACGUGCGCGUCGCCAUUAG